AUGAAACAUUGGAUGAAGCGUGCGGCAACACCUGGUCUAAAGAGCACAAUAGCUCGGUCGCACGAUAUCCAGGAGAUCAUCCAGACGCAGUUGAAGUCGCUCAUGUGGGCACAGAAUGUGAGCACUCGGCAUCCCAAUUCAGAGCUGUUAUACAACGGCACCUCGAGGAUCCCGUCCAUCCACGUGAGCAGUACCGUCGACAGGAACAAACAGCUACAUAAGGACAAUGUACAGAGGUAG